CCGCAGUAGCCAUUGAAGAGCAGCAGCCAUGGCUCUGCGCUACCCCAUGGCUGUGGGCCUCAACAAGGGCCACAAGGUGACCAAAAACGUGAGCAAGCCGAGGCACAGCCGACGGCACGGGUGCCUCACCAAGCAUACGAAGUUCAUGCGAGACAUGAUCCGAGAGGUGUGUGGCUUUGCCCCAUAUGAGCGCCGCGCCAUGGAGCUGCUCAAGGUCUCCAAGGACAAACGGGCCCUCAAGUUCAUCAAGAAAAGGGUGGGGACGCACAUCCGUGCCAAGAGGAAGCGAGAAGGGCUGAGCAAUGUCCUGGCUGCCAUGAGGAAAGCAGCUGCCAAGAAGGAAUGAGCCCCCUCUCCCUUC